AUGUCCUGUCCUCCCUCACCUACGCUCUCGGCCACCUCAGCCGAGUUUGUCCACAUUCCCGACGACAACCCCGUCAACAUCCCCGAAAACCUGAGAGCCUACAUCCAAACCGAGAUCGCAAAGGGUAUCGCCGAGGGUCUCGCCUCCGCCCGCUCCGAGCUCAAAUCCGACCUCAUGGCUGAAUUGCGAACUUACAUCGACGAAGAGUUCGAGGACGCCUCUGACGCCUCUGAGACCUCCUCGACCACCACCACCUCUUCUUCUUCGUCUUCCGAGACUCCGGACUCAUCGACCUCCGAAGAGCUAGCAGAACUGCAAGACCGCCUCGAGCGUCUCGACACCGACCUGACCCGCGAGUGCGAGAUCCGGGCCGAGCUCGGCGUCUCGCUCAGUGACUUCCAGCACACGACCAAGGCGCAAAUGUUGCGUCUCCUGACGAUGGAGCGUUUCAACGAACUCAGAGAGGAAGUGUUGAGGGAAGUGCGCGUCACGCUCGCCGCGGGGCGCGAGACGCAGCGUCUCUACCACGCCCGGACGAGGGUGGACCUGCUAGCUCUGAUCGAGGCGCAGCGUAAGCAUUUCUCCGAGGAGAUGGCCAGAGCGGGGGAGAAACAGCUCGAAGCAUACAGGGAUGAGUUUGGCCCCAACGUGACGGCCCGGCUGGAGGAACUGGAACAUGCCUCGUCCACGGCCACGAGGCGGAUUAGUCGCCUCAGGCGGACUCAGAGGAGGCUCAGCGCCGCCGCUGAGAGUAUGGUGAGGGGUACGGAGCAGGAGGAAGUUUGGAAGGCUGCGUGGGCCAAGACAAUCGUCAGGGAGGGAGACCAGGAGGAGGGGGCUUGGAAGUGGCUCGACGCUAAGAGGGAGGAGAAAGCGUCGCCGAUUCCGGGCGCUUGGCCUGUGCUUCCCGACACGGAGAGUCCGGAGACUACGAACGAGACUGCGACCAAAACUGAGGACGAGAGUGCGACUGAGGGUGCGAUGAAGCCCGCGAUCGAGGCCGUGAGCAAGUCUAUGAGCGAGGUCAAGAUCGAGUCCACGGGUGAAAGCAAGCCUGCCGACGACGAGACGACCAAGUCAGCCCAGUCAGCGCCGAGCUCCAUCCUCUCCUCUGCGCCCAAGACCAAGGGGACGUUCAACUUCACGACCCCGUCGACGAUCGACACGACUCCUGCCUACCCCGACAACACCUCUGGCACUUCUCCCCCAGCUGUCUCCCCUGUCUCCUCUACCGCAGACGCCCGCGAUUCUUCUGAAGCUCCCACAGUCGCCGGAUCUGGCGCCUCGACAGGCCCCUCCGCGCCCUCAAACCUGAGACCAGGUAUGAGCCUCUACCCCGCCAACGUCGUCGAGUUCAAGGACGGCGUCACCUUCCGAAUCCCCCUGGAAGCGGCCGGUGGGAGGCGCUCGAGGGGCUGGAGAGGAUCGAGGGGCUCGAGGGAUGGCUCGGCGCCUACCUCUAGCUGUGGAUGUAGGGGAUGUAGGAAGCCAAAGCCUGCUUCCGCUGUCCCGCCUCCCUCUGUCAAUGCCGUCGAACUCAAGGGCGAUGCCGAGAGAAAGGAAGGGGAGGGGGAGAAGUAG